AUGUACCAAGAAUUCCCCUACCGCGUCCUGGAGACGGACCAGAAGAAGGGCCAUGUCGAUCGACCAAACAUCAUGGUUCUCAGGACGCGGCGGGUAACAAGACAUCACCAACAUGGAGCAGAUGUGUUUUUCUCAUCUGUAGAGCGCAGCAUGCUUCGAGCCAAGCGCCGAAAACCUAGGCAACCACAAACUGCAGAGGAAGGUCAUUCAUUCCCAUUCAUCUUCACCUUGAUGACCUCAAAGUCUCAAAAGUUGUAUGAUCUCGCAAUGCAAAAAGUGAAGGAACUCAUCCCCAACCUGAAUCCCGAACAAGCAAUGGGUGAUUUUGAAAGCAGUUUUGGUUAAGCAAUUCGCUGUUGCUGGCCACAGGUUCAGAUUGGAGGCUGUCAGUUCCACUUUUCACAAAACCUGUACCGGAAAAUUCAGAAACUGGGGCUAACUGAACUUUACAACGACAACAAGCACUUUAAUAAGUGGGUCAAAAAGAUAAUGACACUAAGUUAUGUGCCAGCCAACCGGAUGCAUGAAGCAGUUGACUCUCUGUUCCAAGAAAAUUUUGACGUGAAUGAUCAUUCCCAGACAAAAAUUACUGCAUUCAAAACCUACAUCACAGAGUACUGGAUUCGAAAAGUCACUCCACAACGGAUAUCUGUCUUCAAUUUUUCUCGUGGAACUAACAAUGAUGCAGAGUCAUAUCACAGCAGAUUGAAAGCCAUUGUCCGCCAGCACAA